AUGAACGUGAGCCAGUGCAUGUGCGUCGUCGUGACAGCCGAGCGGCUCGUGGCCGUGUUCUUGCCUUUUAAGUUUCGAGCCGUCGUUCGUCCCAGGCGAGCUUCGAUCGUGGUUUGCUCCUUGUAUUUAUUUUGGCUCGGUGCGACUCUUGUGUACAUCAGGAAGUUCAAUUUUAACUUCAGAUACCUGAGCGCGUAUCAAACGUGUGUGUGCGAUUAUGAUUUAAAACUCAACGGGGAUGAGGUUAUGUUCGACACAGUCUGCACUUGGAUAGCGUGCUACGUGUCGCUCGCAAUAAUCAUCAUAGGGUCUUUAACGAUAUUCACGAAGGUUAAAAGUGCCAGCCGAAGACGAGGGAAAAUGACGUCAUCGAAAACCGCGUCCUGCAGCCGCACGACGAGAACUCUGCUCGCGGUUUGCGGUUUCUUCGGCUGCAUGCAAAUAAUGCGACUUCCGUACACCACGAGCUCCUCUUUCCCAGACCGGGAGACGUUCAUGAUCUACUUUGUCUUCGUGAGGCUGGCCUCGAACUUGAACAGCGCCAGUAAUUUUAUCAUCUACGUCAUUCUCAACAAAAAAUUCAGAAAGAUACUCAAAACGAUGACGUGUUGUGAAAGCUAA